AUGAAGAUUAUCAUCGUCGGAGCUGGGGUGUCAGGACUGGCCACUUACCUGCAAUUGACCCAGCAACUUCCAAGAAUCCUGAAAGCAGAGAUAAUCAUUUACGAGUCUCGGUUGGAUGCAAAUUAUGCCUCGUCUGCACCGAUGGAUGCCGAUGAUAUUCUCUCGGAUUCGACUGCAGUAGUAGGUAAUAGUAUCAUAUUGCCGCCGACAAGCAUUCGUCUACUGCGAAGGAUCAGUCCCGAUCUGUACAGCAGAUUCAAAUCACGAGGCUUCGAGAACCACGCAUUCACCAUUGCCUCCGCACGAGGGCACACUAUUGCUCGCAUUUCGACCCAUGAUGGGAUCUCUCCUAGGGAGUGGCCCAUUUCUUGCCCGCGAUGGGUCUUGUGGGAAUGUCUUCGAGAUACCGUCGGCAAAGGGCGGAUAACUUUGGGCAAAGUCAUUCGCGUCGACAUAAACGGUGAACGACCGGCUGUGCAUCUUCAAGACGGGCGCAGCGAGACGGCCGACCUGGUCGUGGGCGCGGAUGGGGUGCAUAGCGUCGUCAAACGAGCACUAUUUGGCACAGCAGAUGCCUUCGCCCCGCAAUUCGAGGGCUACCGUGGUGUAGGCUCCUUUCUAAACAUGCCGGAAAUGCCCGAGGCUAUCACGAAGCACCGCAGCGUCGUUGUAACGUUCGGUCCCACGGGCUCAUUCGGCUACGCUGCAGCAGCGCCUCUGUCGCAGCAGACAUUGGGCUGGUGGUCGAAUUGGCCGACGGAGUGUCCUCCCAGAAGCAACCAAGUGGAUGCAUUGGAAGUGCAGAAACAGCUGCAGAUGAGGCAUGGAACCUGGAAGGACCCGAUCAUUCAAAAGUGCAUCGCUACCUCUUCAACAGAUCGAGUAUAUCCGCUGUGGACCACUCCCACUCUUCCCCACUGGGGUGAAAGGGGAUGUGUGCUGCUAGGCGACGCCGCCCACUCAUUGCAGGCCACCAGCGGCCAAGGCGCCGCCCAGGCAAUUGAAGAUAGCGUAACCUUUUCGCUGCUGUUGUGUAAACUAAUCGAGCGAGCCAGCAUCAAACACGACAGAACAUAUGCGGUCGAACAAAGUGUUGAUGCUGCUAUCCGAGGCCUGUAUGAGCUCAGGCACGAGCGGGUGGCGAGGAUCAAAAUACGCGCCCGCAAUCUGUAUUUCGGUGGUCGUCAGGCCAGGAACCUAUAUUGGGAAGUCAUCUACUACUGUUUUCUCUUGCUCGUCACACGCUGGCCACUUCUGGGUCGUUGGAUCAUUGGCAACGCUUUUACCGAAACACAAGAGUGGGAUGCUGAUGCGGAGGUAUACGCCUAUCUGGAGAGGUAG